AUGAAUCCUUGUGUGUGGCUUCAAACCUAUGAUGGUUCAAUCCAACAAGUGGAACAAGAGAUUGCAAUGUUUUGUCCUUUUAUAUGUCAAGAGUUAAUAUUACUUCCUCAACAAGGAUCUUCCAAGACUUCUCCAAUAUGUCUUCCUCAACAAGUCACUCCUGCAAUCUUAACCUUAAUUCUUGAUUAUUGUCGAUUUCAUCACGUGAAAGGACGCUCAAACAAAGAACGAAAGUCUUAUGAUGAGAAAUUCGUUAGGAUAGACGCCCCUAGGUUAUGUGAGUUGACGUCUGCUGCAAAAUACCUUCAGUUAAAUCCAUUGUAUGAUCUCACAUGUCAUGCAAUAACUAGAAUAAUUGAAGGAAAAUCAUCUGAGGAGAUACGCGACAUAUUUCAUUUGCCUGAUGAUCUUAUGGAGGAAGAGAAGUUGGAGCUGAUGUUAAACCUAACUUGCGACCCAAGUAUCAGGCUUUUGAACAGCUUGUAUGCAAAGAAGAGAGAACAACUUAUAGAGCUCAAAAGGGUAACAAAGAAUGUUGAAGUUGAAGACGAAGAUGUAGUGGAUGGACGUUCAGUUGAUGAGCUAUUGUCUUUUAUUAAUGGAUCGAAUGAUGGAGAAACCAAGAGGAAGAAAACAUGCAAGAAUAAGAAGAACAGAAGAAAGAAAAAAGAUCAACAGAAGAAUUCUUCUUUGAAGGAAGAAGAUGAUCUUGUGGUUGAGUUUGAUGAUGAGAUUGAUCAGGCCUUACAGGAAAGAAUUGACAGGGAAGUCGAAGAAUUUGCACGCAGAUUAAAUUGUUCUUGGGAAGAGAGAAAAAAAGAAAUUCUUUCUCUAAAACAAAAAAAAAAACAUAUAACAACAUCAACAACUAUGCAACGAUAUCCCGGUGAUUGUCACGAUCUCUAAGAGUUUCUUUUAUUCUCUCUUCCAAAGUGCAAUUUAAUCUGCGCGCAAAUUCUUCCACUUCUCUGUCGGUCAUUGGGUCCUGAUCAAUCUCAUCAUCAAACUCAACCCUAGGAUCAUCUUCUUUCUCCACUUGCUUGUCAAUUUUUGCCGUUAAGGCCUGAUCAAUCUUAUCAUCAAACUCAACCACAUGAUCCUCUUCUUCUUCUUCUUCUUCUUU